CAUGUUUUUUUUCCUCCCAUUUUUUUCACGCGGCUCGUGGAGUCGGUGAGGAAAGGGAAAGAAAUCAGAAUUAAACCGGACAGAGGAAGAUGCUGUUGGUGGUGGUAGGAGCAGGCCGGGCUUCAGGGUCCGGUUAAACUGACGAAGGAGGAGGGUGAGGGCGCCGCCGGACUCGAGGGAGCGGCGAUUGACAACAAACAGCGAGCAAGAGAAAAAAAACCCUGAGGAGCCAUGGCGGCGGCGCCUGAGCGGGAGGAGCUGCUGCUGCCGCUGGCGGCGGGGAGAGUGCGGCCGAAACUGGGGGUCAGCAGCAGCUGGAGUCUCCUGGACUGAGGGAAAUCCAGGCCUCAGCGCUACAAGUUUCAUUAAGAAACAAUGAGGAAGAACGGGUAGACCGGCGAGUUAUCAUCCUGCUGUGGCGUUUUUUGUUGCUAUUCAUGACUGACGGGAUUUUUCAAUGUACCAAGCCGAGGGAAUGUUCUCCUGAUCUGGAUUCGUUUUAAUUUGAAAUGAAAUGAUGGCGACACGAAGGACCUGUCCAAAUGAGGAGGAGGAUGGAGACGCAAAUGGAAAAAAACACCCAUCUGGUGGAAAGGACGAGGGAAAAAAUAAGGAGGAUGGAAAUGGACAAGUCGAGACCACCUCACCGCUGGUGGAUGACAUUUUCUCAUGGCCAGGCCCAAAAACCGUUAACCUACAGCGAAAUUCACAGGGUUUUGGGUUUACGCUGAGACACUUCAUUGUCUACCCUCCUGAGUCAGCUGUGCAUACCAAUAUAAAGGAUGAAGAGAAUGGAAAUAAAGCGGGGCAAACCAGAGGCAAACUGGAGCCAAUGGACACCAUCUUUGUAAAACAGGUUAAAGAAGGUGGACCAGCACAUGGAGCUGGAUUAUGUACAGGUGACCGGAUUGUCAAAGUAAAUGGGGAAAGCAUUAUCGGAAAAACAUACUCCCAAGUUAUAGCCUUGAUUCAGGACAGUGACUCUGUGCUGGAGCUUUGUGUUAUGCCAAAAGAUGAAGACAUCCUGCAGCUGGCAUAUUCCCAAGAUGCCUACUUAAAAGGCAAUGAUCCAUACACUGGCAAUGCCCACAAUAUUCCUCAACCACCACCCGUUUGUUACCCUCGAAUGACUAGCACCGCUUCAAUUGUGGCUCAGCCCAUGGAGGUUUCACCACCAGAACCUUGUCGAGGGAGGCAACAAAUUAGUAGACCAGUACGGACAGUUGCCGCAUGCGAUAGAGGAUAUCGGGCUGAAGUCCAGGUUCCACCUUCAAUAGAUAUUGCAAAAACUAAUACUGCUGUGUGUGUUUGCAAUGAAACAGUAAGGACUGUUAUUGUGCCUUCAGAGAGGGUUGCUGAUUUUGCACCUGGUAGAAUUAAUCAUUCAAGUCCAACUCACAGAACAGAAGAAAUACGGUAUGGCUUGACAGACCACACCAUUGGGAAACCAAAAACGAGGACCUCCUCCUCUUCAGCCAUUUUAACCAGUAAUACAGUUCAACAAGUUACAAGUGGUAGGGUAAAAGAUGCUACAACAACUACCCCUACCAUAAAUGCUGGUAAACAGACAAUCUAUGGAUCAUAUUUAGAUGCUACUUCCAGCAAACCUACACCUCAAACCACAGACUCUUCAGCAAUCACAAAUCAUCAUACAUCUUCAACAGCUGUUACAACACACCAGAAUAUAGACUGGCGCAAUUAUAAAACUUACAAAGAGUAUACUGAAAAUAGACGUUUGCACAUGUAUGGUAGUAGGACAAUACAGGAAAGAUUAGAUAGUUUAAGAGCAGCAGUUCAAAACUCAACAGAUUAUCAACAAACUGCUCCAACCCGCAUAACAACACCUGCACGACGUCGGAGCACUUCACAUGAUCGAUCUUGCCAAGCUACACCAAUGAGAUACCGUAGCGUGUCUCAGGAAAGAUUAGGAGAAUCUAUUUUAAUGAAAAAUUGGCCACGGAGUGCUUCACAGGAUGCACUAACAUCACCAGUAAUUGGACCACAGAAUCAUAGGACACGAUCAUGUGAUUAUCUCGGAAAGCAAGCAGAAGCAUUGGGCAAUCUCUCUGCGGAUAUUGGAGCAUUCAGUUCACAUGAUCCAGCUGGUAAUGGGGUACAGCAAACUUUUAACCAAACAGCUGGAAGUAAUGAACUGGAUAAUAGACUUUGUUUUCGUGAAGGAUUCCGGCAACCUGUCAGACCAGCUGGACAGCCGGGAACUCGCUUAUCUACCAGUGGUACGACACAGUCUCAGAGCAGUAGUCUUUCAACAAGUGUUCCAAGCACUGACAGUAUAAAAAUACGACCCGACGUUCGAAGCGCUGCACGUUCUAGCCCUGCCUUGCCUAUUUGGAAGACUGCCACUGAUACGAAGCCGGUUCAGCAUUCAAGGGAUCACCAGUCUAUUUAUGCAGGGCAACAACCUCUAGCUCCUUCUCAAGAAAAGUCUCACUUACCAGUGUCAUUUCAAAAUAGCUUGCCAAGUUCUUUAUUAACCACCUCUGUUUCCUAUGCAGCACCACCAGUUCUUUCUCCUACACAAAGUAUUGGUACUGAUGCAUUAAAAGACCAAAGAAUGGUAAAUCAUAGCAAUCUAUGUGGCCAGCACUUGGAGCCAAGGACAAGAACUGAAAGUGUGCCUGAACAUCCAGCAGAAGUAGUUGUUGGUGUAAGAUCGGCUUCAUGUUCUGCACCAACAUCUGUACAGCCUUUCAUGCAGAUAAGUAGGAAAGCAAAGGCCCCUGCUACCUCUCUUACUAAUGCAUCAGUUAGACAAAAAAGUAAGGAAUUGGAAAAACUGAAAACGGAAAGUAAACUAGAACAAGAGAAAGUUAAAUUAGGUGAAGAGAAUUAUCUAGAACAAAAUGAACUCAACUCUGGACAUAAAGAGCAGGACCCGUCAGACAUAAAAGAGACUGUGGUUUUGAGGGGAAACAUUGCUGCAAGUAGAUUAACGCCACAACCGCUAAGGCAUCAGUCAUACAUUUUGGCUGUAAAUUCACCAGAUACAGUAACUGACCCUACCUGCUGGCUACCUAAUGAUGCACGUCGCGAGGUAAAUAUUAAACGAAUGGGUGAUCAGAGGAAGGCAUCGAGUUCAAGCCCACAGGAUGACUCAUUAGCAUCUAUCCCUUUUAUAGAUGAACCUACAAGUCCUAGUGUUGAUCAUGAGUCUGCCCACAUUCCUGCGUCGGCUGUAAUUUCAGCUGGAGUGUCUGAAAUACUAACAGUAACUGCAGUACCUUCCAGUCCUACUAAACCGUCCCCCCUUAUUCAUCGCCAAUUGUCACAUGAUCAAGAUGCCAUUAGAACAUCUACUCCUGAUUCCCAACCAAGUGGAAAAACUGAGCGAUCAAAGUCAUAUGAUGAAGGAUUAGAUAAUUAUAGAGAAGAAAAGUUCAGAAAAUCAAUGAAGCCAAUGCCUAGCCUGCAAGGAAUAAAGGCCCCAGACAGCCUGAGGUUUUCAGACGACAUGAGCCCAAGAAGGGACUCUUCUUCAGAUAGCUUUAGCGAUGCUUCAAAAGAAGGAUGGCUGCAGUUUCGUCAGAUUCUUACAGAAAAAGGAAAGCGUGUUGGCGGCAGCAUUCGGCCAUGGAAGCAAAUGUAUGUGGUUCUUCGUGGAUACUCCUUAUUCCUGUACAAAGAUAAAAAGGACAAGGCAACUCAUGCAUCUGGCCAAAUUGAAGAGGAACAACCAAUCAGCAUCAAAGCCUGCUUGAUAGACAUCUCGUACAGUGAAACCAAGCGCAAGCACGUGUUUCGAUUAACCACGUCCGAGUGUGAAUACCUCUUUCAGGCGGAGGAUCGAGAAGAUAUGUUAGCGUGGAUUAAGAGCAUACAAGAAAACAGCAAUCUAGAUGAUGAAGACACAGGAGUUACAAGCAGAGAUUUAAUUAGCAGGAAGAUCAAAGAAUACAGUACCAUGAUGAAUACUUCUGGCAGCAAGACAGAACCAUCUCCUAAAACACCUCGCCAGACUCUCAGUAUUAGGCAGACCUUCUUGGGAUCCAAAACCGAUCCAAAGAGCCCACAUUCUCCAAAGCAAGAGUUGGAAAGAAAACUUAUAAAUGACACAAGUCCGCCAAAAGACAAGGGAACAUGGCGAAGAGGCAUUCCUAGCAUAAUGAGAAAAACCUUUGAAAAGAAACCUGGUCCUGGUGUAACAUUUGGUGUCAGACUAGAUGAUUGUCCACCAGCUGUUCACAAUAAGUAUGUACCACUGAUCGUUGAGGUUUGCUGCAAUUUAGUUGAAGAUAAAGGACUUGAGUACACAGGAAUCUACAGAGUCCCUGGAAAUAAUGCUGCUAUCUCGAGCUUACAAGAGGAACUCAAUAAAGGAGUGACUGAUAUUGAUCUUUUGGAUGAUAAAUGGCGAGAUCUGAAUGUUAUCAGUAGUUUACUGAAAUCCUUCUUCAGAAAACUUCCAGAACCCCUCUUUACAAAUGACAAAUAUGCUGACUUCAUAGAUGCCAACAGAAAAGAGGAUUCAGUGGAUAGACUCAGGACCUUAAAAAAAUUGAUCCGAGAUUUGCCAGAUCAUCACUAUGAAACAUUAAAAUUUCUCUCUGCACAUCUGAAAACAGUAGCAGAAAACUCUGAAAAAAAUAAGAUGGAGCCCAGAAAUCUGGCAAUUGUAUUUGGUCCAACCCUCGUCAGAACAUCGGAAGACAACAUGAUGCACAUGGUUACUCACAUGCCAGAUCAAUACAAAAUAGUGGAAACACUCAUACAACAUUACGACUGGUUUUUCACUGAAGGUGGUGAUGAAAAUGCAACCACACCAGUCCAGGAAGAAAGCACAGUUGAUACACAGCCAGUGCCAAACAUAGAUCAUUUGCUAACCAACAUUGGGAGAACAGGAACUACUCCGGGAGAUGUUUCAGAUUCAGCCACUAGUGACUCAGCAAAAUCUAAGGGUUCUUGGGGAUCCGGGAAGGAUCAGUACAGCAGGGAUCUGCUUGUGUCAUCCAUCUUUGCUGCAGCCAGCCGUAAAAGAAAGAAAAAGGAUAUAAAGCUACAACAAAGCAGCUCAGAUGAUGAAUUGGAAAGUGUAUUUUCCAGGAAAGAAAUAUCAAACCAUUCCAAUCCUGAUGCAGCCAAGAAACUGGGGAAUAAAGGAGAAUCUGAAAAUGAAGUAGACUUUACUGAAUUGAAGGGACAACAAGAUAACUGGUAUAGUGAGCAGCAAAAGAAGGACAGUAUAGAUGAAAGGAACCGGUCUUUUUCUAUGGCAUUGAUAGAAAAGUAUGGAGUGAGAAAAGAAGCUCCUCUAGAAGAUACAAACCCCAGAGAGCAGAACCUUCCAGCAUACUGCCAAAAAUGCACAGACUCGCCUAAUGUUAGCUGUCUCAUUUCACAGCUAAUUACAAGCACAAUGCCCAUUUCUACUGCUGAGGUUUCUGCUAGUAAUGUGAACUCUCACAUUGAAAUGACUUACUUAAAUACUACAAUCAGCAAUCCAUCUUUGGUCUCUCAGCAGCAAACUAAUUUAAGUAAGUCAAAGAAAUCAGAAGUCAAAAGCAUAGAUGUAGGUACUGCAGAUGUAAGCUCCAUCACAUCAGACUAUUCCACAACUUCGUCUACAAUAUACCUUACAGGUAUGGACUCCCACACACUGAAUGCAGAAGUCCAGUCAGUGACAGAAAGCAAAGGUGAUGAGGCUGAUGAUGAAAGAAGUGAACUUGUUAGUGAAGGACAUCAUGUAGAAACAGAUAGUGAUAGUGACUUUUCUGUUUUUGCUGCAAGUUGUGCACCUGACAAGGUUCUACGUGUAAUGAGAAAGGAUACAGCAAAAGAUAUCAGGAGAAACUCAGAAGGAAGUGACAAGACUGGAACAGAAGGAAGUUCAACACCGGGGCUCGAUGAUAGAAAAGCAUUCAGUUCACGUAAGCUUAUUGAAUGUGAUACACUUUCCAAGAAAAAGUCUCUUCGAUUGAAGGGUGAUAGUGAGGUAACAAUGGAUACAAACGAACAGAAAGAGUCAAAUAGAGCGUACAAGAUGUUUGACGUGAUGAAGAAAGGGAAAUCCACAAGCAGCCUGGCUUCAUUCAUAAAAAAUGAACACGAUAGGGUAGAACCUGCUUGGAAACUAAAAAUUACAGAGCGUUUAAAACUACGGCUAAAGACUUCUGCAGAUGAUAUGUUUGGAAUUGGCAUACAAAAGUCGGGCUCUUCAGAGACCAGUAAAAAAAAGAAUAUUAGGCGGAGACAUACCAUGGGAGGAAAUAGGGAUUUUUCAGAACUCAGUGUUCUGAAUGCAUGGAGAGCACAAGAACAGAAUUCUCAAAGUAAUGCAGAGAGUGGGGGAGAUGAAUCUCAGUUAUCAGCAGUGGACCGCCUGAAACCAAAAUGCCAAUCCCAGGACCUCUCGAUUACAGAGUGGCUUGCACGAGAGCGCUUACGCACUAGCACAUCAGAUUUGCACACAGAAAAGGCCUCGGAGCCAAGAACUGUGGACAUUAGUUUAGACAAAGGAACAAAUUCAAAGUUGCUUGCAUCAUCUAGAGAAGAUGCAAGCAGCUCUGGUAGUUUGCCCCAACUCAGCCGACCUUCCCCUUCAGCAUCACCGAGCCCACUACCUUCAGCAGGCCAAGUGAAUGGUGACAGCCUCCAAACCAAGGGAAAAAGCAAUUUUAGUACAACUGUUGAUGCUCAUCCCCAUAAAAUAUCCAGUAAUCAAGUAGUCAAGUCUCGCUUCUAUCAGUACUUGUAGGUCUGCAAUUAUUUAUGUGUCUAGUGCUGCGGAAAAUUGUACAACAAAUUGCUCGUCAAACAGUAUACUGAUUUUUUAUUGAUUCUCCUGUACAUAUUUCUCUGUACUUGAAUUUUAAAAUGGUGGAUGCUCUGCUGCUCUGCCUAUAAUACAGGCUGGUUUCUGUGCUGGAUGCUGUGGAAGCUCUUUACAGCACACACUGACAGCCAGAAAAAUGAUAAACUUUUGUAUAAAAUGAAUUUAUGAAUUCAGUACAAAAGAACAUCAAGUGCUGAAACCUUCCAAUGCAAAAUUCCAUAAACUACUCGUACUGCAUGAUCGGUGAUUCCUGCAUACAUCUUACACGCUCUACAAUUGGAUACUGCUGCAUAUAUUUUACAUCAGCUUAUAAGGGCGAGCAAAUCAAACACUUAUUGGAACUUAAUUGUUUGAACUUCAGUUGCUAAAGCAAGUGCCUCAUCUCAAAAAAAAAAAUUGGUUUAGAUAGGGUGCCAUAUUGUCUUUUUAGUUCAAAAGACUAGAAAUCUACUGUGAACAAAUGAAGUUUUAUCUAUAAACAAAACAAAAAGAUCAUUAAAAUAAUUUUCCAGAUUUUAUUAACUGAACAAAUAGAGCUUCCACACUAUAGGCAUUCCAGUUGAAUCUUAAGAACAUUUUUUUAAGUCAGACUUUUAAUACAGUCUUUGUAUUGGACUUGAAUUUUUAAAGUUUCUGUAAAGAUACUUAAAUGUGUAUAUAAUUUCAUGUGUAGCUUUUUCAAAUUUGAGAUUUGAUAAAAGCUUUGUAACAUAGGCAUGUAGAUAGUGGUCUCUGGAAAAACUGGUCCCUUGCUCAUUUUUAAUCAUCUCUAAAGAGAGUCUUAACUGUGCAUGAGAACUGUUUUCUCAGAUUCAACAUUGUAUUUAGCCUGUGUACAGAUAUAGACAAAUGGUUUGUAAAUGUCCCCUGGAAACACUGGAAAUAAAUUUUUUGUUUCUGUGGA